GCUGAGAUUUCGGAGCCCCCCAAACACAGCAGAGACACCUAGCAAUGGCCACCCUCUUCCGGGCUCUUCUUGUGCUUCUUGCUCUAACAGAUUUAUUUGUUAAUAUUCUCAGCCUUGGAAUUGGAAUUAACUAUGGUCAGAUUGCCAACAAUCUCCCAUCUCCUUCCCAGGUAGCCGUCCUCGUUACAUCUCUCAACAUCAGUAGAGUGAAACUCUAUGAUGCUGAUCCAAAUGUAUUAAGCGCAUUUUCCAGUUCAAAUGUUGAUUUUGUUAUUGGACUUGGGAACGAAUAUCUUCAGAAAAUGACUGAUCCCAAGCAAGCACAAACUUGGAUUGAACAACACGUUCAACCUUACCUUCCCCAGACCAAGAUUACUUGUAUAACCGUCGGAAAUGAGAUCUUAUCUGGCAAUGAUACUCAGUUAAUGGCUUAUCUCCUCCCAGCAAUGCAAACUAUGCAUGAAGCUCUCGUAAAUCUUGGGCUGAGCAAACAAGUAUACGUGACAACCGCACAUUCACUUGCAAUUUUGGGUAAUUCCUUCCCACCUUCCUCGGGGACUUUCAGACAAGAUCUUGCUGAGCGUAUCCAGCCGAUUCUCAGUUUUCAUUCCCAGACCAAUUCGCCGUUCCUCAUAAAUGCAUAUCCAUUUUUUGCAUACAAGGAUAACCCAGGUCAGGUUUCACUGGAGUAUGUGCUUUUCCAGCCUAACCCCGGGUUUACUGAUCCCAAUACGAAUUUAAACUAUGAUAAUAUGUUGUAUGCGCAAAUCGAUGCUGUUUAUUCGGCAAUGAAAGCAAUGGGUCAUACAGAUGUACGAGUUAAAAUUUCUGAGACGGGUUGGCCAUCUAAGGGCGACCCCAAUGAGGUUGGAGCAACACCACAGAAUGCGCAAUUGUACAACGGUAAUUUGCUGCGCCGGAUAGCGCAGCAACAAGGUACUCCAGCAAAAUCAUCAGUACCAAUCGACGUUUAUGUUUUUGCACUUUUUAAUGAGAAUCAGAAGCCUGGCCCAGCAUCCGAGAGGAACUAUGGGCUGUUCUAUCCCAAUGGCACUCCAGUUUAUAACGUUGGUUUACAGGGUUCUACUCCACAUAUGGAUGGUUUACUGGGUUCUCCUCCACAUAUGGAGUAUUCAGCCUCCAAGAAAAAUGCCUUGUCUAUUUACACUCUUCUCCUUUUUUCCCUAGUAUCGGUAAUUAUGCUUGAAAGGUGGAGAAUUUAUCGAAAUUGAGGAAGAUGGAAAAAGGGGAGCCUAUUAAGGCCCCUCAAAAAUAUUGUCCUCCCCGUUUCGGAGGUAGAUCUUAGAGGGAGUCAAUUAUGGCGCAAGUUUUGUUUUUCAUCAUGGAUGUCACGGGGCUAGACAACGAUGGCGGAUCAGAGAAUUUUCUCUUUGGACUUCAUCAGAACCACUGUUGUAUACAUACCAAACGAGUUCAUUACUUCGAAAGGUAAUUCAUCUUAGAAUUUAUGAUACUCAUAAAAUAAUUCUCAGCAAUAAAGUGAACCAACGGCGCUGGAAUGGUAAUAAGGGUAAUACAAUUCUUUGACAAAACAAACGAUAGUUUGUAACUUAGUGAAGAUUUUAGGGGAGUUUAUUGGAUUGUAUGUAGGGGAACAUUAUAUUUCUGAGAUUUAUCAUAGUUUUAUAUUUUGUUCGUCUUUAUAGAACUAUAGCUUGAUCGAAAACUUGGAAAAUGUGUAAUAUUAUAUUGUCUCAUCUAUCGGUACUUUAUUACCUUGUUAUGACAUAUUCAUGUUACAGAAUAGGGGUUUU